AUGUCUCGAGACAGCCGGAUUUACGUGGGUAACUUGCCGACGAAUAUCAGGCCGAAAGAUAUCGAAGAAAUUUUUGCCAAGUAUGGGAAGAUACUGUUUGUUGAUUUAAAGGAUCGACGUCCUCCAUAUUUCGCCUUUGUAGAGUUUGAUGAUCCAAGGGACGCAGAAGAUGCAGUUCAUGGCAGGGACGGUUAUGAUUAUGAUGGAUAUCGUCUUAGAGUUGAGUUUCCUCGUGGUCCAGGUCCAAGAGGUCCUGGUGGACGUUUGUAUGGAGAUCGUGGUUACGGAGGACCUCCCCGAGGAGGUAAGACAUCAUAUAUUCGCGUUAAGGAAGAUGAUAGGGGAAGCCGUGGACGAUCUCGCUCAAGGUCUCCUGUCGGUCGUGCAACUAGGGGUUCGCCGCAAUACAGCCCACGCAGUGGCAGUCGAAGUCAUAGUCGCAGCCGAAGCCGUUCGCAUUCUCGAUCUCGUUCUCGUUCUUAA